ACAUGAAAAGGAAUCAACUAAACAGAGACCGAGUGAAGGCUUCCUCGACCGAAGGAAAAGGUAACGAGUGAAUAGGUUCUGUAAAAAUGUUGAGAUUGGAUCAAGGGAACGUUUCGUAGAUAAAGGGCCCAGUUGAAAGUGAAAUUCGGGAAAAGGCCCCCGGUCGGUAGUAAAACAGCAGCGGAGAGGGGGGGGGGGGCAUGGGAAGGGAAGGCUAAAGAAGGAAGAUAUCACGGAAGGAAGAAGGGUGAAGGGAGGAUGGUAAGAGAGGGAAGGGAGUAAAGAGGGAAGAAAAAGGGAGCGCGAAGGAAGAAGGAAGUGAAGGUAGAAGGGAGAAACGUGAGUCGCGCAGAGGAAGAGGGAAGGAAGGAAAGAAAAAUAGAAGAGGUAGAGAGUGGUGGAAAAAGGAAAGAAGGGACGACUGACAGAAAGAAGGAGAGUGAGAGCAAGAAGUAAGAGAGGUGGCCAUCGAAGGUGUUCCGGAGGGACAAGUUUUUCGAGUGCACUUGCUCUUCUUCGUUCGGGAGCAGAGGGUGAAGAAGACAGCGAUGGCCGGAUGGUGGAGCCUCGGUGGUGCUUUUCUUCUGUUUUUUGGUAUUCUCCUUGCUCCCUAUUUGUACAAGAUCAACUGGAUCAAGGAUUUAAGGCUGGAGGGUGACAACAAGAGGAUUUUGGCGAAUCAUUUAGAAUCGAAGAAACGUAAAUUGGGGAAGCUUCCUCCUGUUUAUCCGAACGGAUGGUUCGCCCUCUUGGAAAGCUUUCAGUUGGACAAGCUCCAAGUGAAGCACGUGGCGGCGCUUGGGCAGAAUUUUGCUGUCUUCAGAACAGAUAAUGGGACGGUGAGGAUUUUGGACGCUUAUUGUCCCCAUCUUGGCGCCAACAUGGCAGAAGGUGGUCGCGUGAAAGGGGAUUGUUUGGAAUGUCCCUUCCAUGGCUGGCAAUUCCGUGGCUCUGAUGGACAGUGUGAUUACAUUCCAUAUUCUGAUAAAGUGCCACACAUUGCAAGAACAAAGACUUGGAAAUGUUGCGAAGCCAACAACAUCAUUUUCGUUUGGUACCACGCAGAAGGAUUGGAGCCGAAUUGGCAGCCGCAGACAGUCAGUCACGUAUCGAACCGAACGUGGCGUUAUCACGGUAGAAACGAAUUUCUUAUCAACUGCCACAUACAGGAGGUUGCAGAAAACGGCGCUGAUACAGCGCAUCUAAGCGCAGUGCAUGGACCAAUGAUAUUUUCGAAUAUCAUACACGCAUUCUCUUGUCUCGCUCGUCAUUCUUGGACGAAUGUCGGUUGGAGACCGCAUAAUUUGCUCACUGAAAGUAAAGCAUCCGACGACGAUGAACCAAAGAGACAAGACGACAAAGACUUAAGUCACAGAGCGUACACGACUCUAAAGCACACUUUAGUUCUGUUCGAGAAAUAUAAACUUUGGAACUUGGACGUGCACGUUCAACAAAUCGGUCCAGGCUACGUCGAAAUGAUGAUGGACACCUAUUUUGGCCGAAUAUGUAUCUUUCAAACAGUGACGCCGAUGGAACCCCUUUUACAGAAGGUGACUCAUUUAAUUUAUGCUGCACCGCUGCUCGCUCCCUACGCCGCUAUGAUAUUCUUGGGAGAAUGUUUAAUGUUUGAAAGGGACGUAGCCAUUUGGAACCGAAAAAAAUACGAGAAACAACCGCUCCUCGUUAAAGAAGAUAAAUGUAUUCUUAGUUACCGCAGGUGGUACUCGCAGUUUUAUUCACAGCAUAGUCCCAGUUAUCAUUCAGCUAUGAGAUCAUUGCAAUGGUAGCACAUCUUUUUUUUUUCUGUCGUAAUGGAAGAUCUUAAGAUUCUUUGAGACAUCUGUGAAGAUUUUAUAAUAUUAAUAAUAAUCGUAGAAAUGAUAACACAAAUGAUUAUAAAAUAUAAAUAUUACACAAUGUGCUAAAAUAUAUAAAUAACAGUUCUACUUGCAUAAUGUAAACGUAAGGUGUGCUAUAUUUAAUCGAAAAUUCGAAUACUAUAGAAUCGACUAUGUUAUUCCUGAUAAGUAUUAUUAAAUGUUCUACCA